AUGGUGAAGGAGUGUACUCUAGGCAGUGCUAGCGGGCUCAAGGUGCCGGCGGAGAUCAGUGGGCAGCUGAGGGUGGUCCGGCUGUCAGGCGGAAGAGCCGUAUACGACGGGCCAGGACAGAGACAGACCGGCCGUCGCGUGGGAUGGGGUGAAUGCAGGGGCGUAGCCAGGGCGAGCAGGCCGUCGACGGGAUCGACGAUGAGGGCUGUGCCAAGGCCAGUGGAUGAAAGAGGAGGUGUGAGCGACCAGGCGGGACAGCAGCUCGUGGCCACCUCACCGCCGGGCAGGCUGGCAGUGGGCAGUGGGCAGUGGGCCAAUCUGGGGCAUGACCUGAAGCCAUGCAAGGCCAGGGCUCGCGCUUCCGUCAGUCUCCCUUGGCUAGCCACUGGCCCUCGUCGUGGGCUGACCACUGCCAGAGCUAAGCGCGCAUCAAUUCACCGAGUCGCCUCAAGGCGCCCCAGCAAGAUGCGAGCCGGGCUGUCUGGCUCUGGCUCUGGCUCUGGCGAUGCGUGA